AUGGCUCAGCAAAGCGAGUCACUGCAUCCAGAGAUGCAGGAUAGCCUCAAUCUGGGGGAAGGGCCAAUAGAGGUGGACGUGGCUCCUGUUGGACAGCUCCCUGGCCUUGCUGCGGAUGGGGGAGCUCUAAGCGGCGUUACCAUCAAUGAGGUUGACGAAGCAGAAAUGGCGCGUAUUACUGCAGCUGCUGGUCAGCCAGAAAUUCUGGAUGAUUUAGUGCCCCCAGCGCCUCUAGGCACUGUAACGGUGCAGCAGGUGCCUGCGUCAAGGGCGGCUGCAGCAGCUGCUGCGGCGGCUCAGCAGCAGGUAGCGGCGUUGCAGCAGCAGCAGUUGCAGCAGCAGCAGUUGCAGCAGCAGCAGGCUGUUGCCGCUGCAGCACAGCACUUGAGACAGCAACAGCAGCAGCAUGGAAGUGCUACUUUGGCGGCGACUUCGGGGGCAGCCCCGCGUGCGGUGCCUGCAGUACAGAAUGAACGGUGGCGUUUGUACUUGCCCCACGUGGAGAGGUUGCUCGACGCGGAGGGUAUUUUAUUGUUGCGGCAGACAUGCCGCCUGCUCUGUAAGCAUAAGUAUCGGCCUGCGGAUGGAGUAUUGUCCUUCGGUAUGUUCCGGGGGGUUGACGCUCGUGUCUUGAUGGAACAGGUGGUGCCGUUGGCUUGCAAAGCUGUGCACCCUGAGGUACGGGCUGCGGGACUUUCUCUGGACUUCAGCGGCUGCUCCCUCCUGAAAGAUGCAUCUGUAGCCCGCCUGAUGGACGUUUUGCACGGCAGAAAGGAAGACAACAUUAUCGGCGGAGUGCUAAAGAGCCUUUGUCUCGAUUUCUGCUAUGAAGUGACAAAUAAGGGCUUGGCUGCACUGCUGACAACGCACCUGCCUUAUUUAGAACGUCUUUCGCUCCGGUGUGCAAGGAGUAAUGAGCUAACCUUCACAAACGUGGCCACGGAUUUUUCGGCAGACAACUGGCCCAACUUGCUCCACUUCGACGCAUCGUUUACUAACAUGAGGCUUGAUGCAGCUACGGUCUUGGCCGAUUAUCUCGUGGGGAAUGCAACAGCAGUUAACAAGCGACACAGGAAGGACUACGAGAGAAAGCUUCAGGAGGAGAAGCAACUGCGUCGGCUGCUACAUCAGCAGGAAAAGGAACACAUUCAGCAUAUGGAACAAGCUAGGUGCCUGAAAGAGCAGCAUGCUGCAGUUGCGGAGAGGCUGCAGGAGCAGCAAGCGCUGUUAGAAGAAAAAGAAAAGGCAUUGGAAAAUCAGCUGCAACUCGAACCGAUUCAAGUUGACGGCGAAGUUCCGAGCGAUCAGGCAGAGGAUCCUGAGCAGUGCGCUGUGCGGGCACAGAGGGAGCUUGUGCUGCGCCUGCAGCAACAGUUAGAGUCACUUGCGGCGGCAGUUGCAGCAGGGGAGGGAGCCGCAGUUGCGUGUCAAACCGCUAUCGAGCACACAACAGCAGCUGCGGAUGCCGCAGGACUCGCUGCAGCUGAAAGCCUCGCAGCUGCUGAGGAGGAGGAAAAACAUCCUGUUGUGGCAUCUCUUGAAAUCGUGGGCUCUCUCGCAUCCAAAUGCCUUCUUUCAAAGGUUGGCAUGGAGACGCAUUACCGCUCUUUCUGUCAUGCAGUGAAGCUGGGUCUUCAUGAUCAGAUAUCAUCGCUGACGAAGGUUGUGCAGAAAGAGUUCACGGAAUUGUGUGCCUCGGCUCCUUACCGGGGCAGCUCACUGCUGACACUUCAAGCAAAGCGUGGCAGCGAGUUGCUGGUCAAUGCACCGUUUGUUGUGGACACGUCAGAAGAUGGGGGCGUCAACGUGCUUACGCUUCCUGUCUCGAUCGCUAUACAGACUCAGGACCAAGAGACUUUGAAAGUGCUGAUCAAAAGGGGAGCUCAAAUCGACGUCUGUGACUAUUUGGGGAAAUCGCCUCUCCUGCGGGCUUGUGAAGCUUCCCGACUAGACCUUGUGGAGGCUCUUCUUGACCUAGGGGUUUCGCCGAAUCCCCAUGACCUCCGCUGUGCCCACUUCCCCUUGCAAACGGCAAUACGGCGCAAUGACGCAGAGAUAGUCAAGCGCCUGCUUGCUCGAGGUGCGGCACUAGAUGUGAAGUGCCCAGGAGUACGCACAUACAAGAGCGCUCUCUGCGUAGCAUGCGAGGUCAAUUCGCCAGAGAUAAUCAGUAUCAUCUUGAAAGCUGGAGGGGACCCAAACUCGCGGGGCCACAAUUCGUACACUCCAACAUUGAUGGCAUAUCAGUUGAACCCGAAGUGGCUACCUCUCUUUUUGGAAGCUGGUGCAGGCGCUGAGAAGGGGAAAAGAUGGGUACUAACGGACGUGCUGAGUUGUGCUGUGGCGAAAAAUGACGUUGAUAGCAUCGGAUUGUUGAUUGACAAGUAUCCAGACCUAAUGAACCGUACCCAUCCACUGUGGUCCAAGCCACUGCUGCAGGCAGCAAAACAAGGUCGUGUCCAGGUACUGGAGCUGCUGCUCGCUAGUGGAUGCAAUGUGGAUGCACGGGGUGAGGGUGGCCAGACCGCCCUACUGGCUGCAACGGAGGAAGGGCUAGGGAGUUGUGUUGAGCGGUUGAUUGACCACGGAGCAGAUGUCAACAAGGCCAACUUUGAAGGGAUGACUCCGCUGAUUGUAGCAUGCAUGGAAAACCACGAAGACAUGGUAAAUUAUUUCUUGGACCAUACGCAAGAGCCAUACGGAGUGAAGGUGCAUCCCAACAGCCUUCAGCAGCAGCCGCAUUUGCAGGUGGUGGAAAAUGCUCAAGGGGAGAGGGCGUGCGAAGGUAGAUGGAUCCUCGCAACACAGACUCAAGUCCUUGAUUGCAACAAAGCGGAGAAAACUGAGGGAGAGACCCCUUUGCUCGUUUGCAUUCGGUUGAGAAACGAUAAGAUUGCCAAAACGAUUUUAAAGAAAGCCAAGUCAAUCGAUCUGGAAGCGAAGGACUCCCAAGGGCGCACUGCCUUACUCGCUGCUCUGUUUUUUGGCCAGUAUUCUGUGGCUGCAACGUUGAUGGAAAUGGGGGCAGAUGUCAUGACUCAAGAUGAUGCUGGGAACACAGCACUUGCCAUUGCGAAUGAGCGGUUGCUGACGCCGGGAAGCGACAAACGCGUUUUGCGCCGAUUCCUGCGUCUGUACCGGAGCCGUGACACGUCGCGACGCCAUGCAUCUUCAAGUGGUAUGUUACAGUCGAUGUUGAGUGCGCUGCGGGAUGAAGGCGGGAGCAGUUCUCACGUGGAGUCUGACUCUGGGAGCGGAGGCGAGGGCGCUCGCUUUUUCCGGAAAAAGAGCGUGAGCCGCAGCAGUAGCAGAGGCAAGCAGAAUGGGCUCGAGGGGUCGGAUCCGAGAGCCUCAAGGAGUGAUGGAGAGGUUCAUGGCGCAUCGACAACUGGCCACAGUCGGGGUGCCGCCGCGAGUCCGUCGAGCAGCAGCAGGAAGCGCUCUGGAAAGAAGCUUAAGAUUGAGCCGAAGACAGUUCUGCAAGUUGCGAAGCUGCCAAUGUCCCUCUUUCGAGCGGCCAAGGCAAAAUGA